AUGUAUAGCCCAAAUUUGAUAAUCCCUAAAUUUUAGUCUCAUUCUGGUGAAUUUUUUUUGAUGGAAGAAUCAAAUGAUAGCCUUGUCUUUUAUUUUGCUCUUUAAUUGUCAAAUCAAUAUAAAAAAGAUUAUUUGCAGAUUGAGAGGGAAAAAAGAGAUUUAAUCUAAAAAUCUAGAUCACUCCGUCAUUUUUUAAAGAUGAUUGAGAUUAAAAAUAAGUAUUAUCUUUUCAGAUACAUUGAUGGAAAUACAGUUUAAGAGAAAAUAGACAUAAAUAGGACUAAACAAGAAACAAUUGACUAAAAAAUAAUUGAAGCUUAUCUUAUUUAACUAUUAGAGGCAUUAUUUUAACUCCAUUAACUAAAUAUACUUGGUAGAAUAUUUUCAGUUGAAAACAUAAUAAAUAAUAAUGGAACUUUAGUUUUAAUGGAUUUUGGAUAUGGACCCGAUUUACUAUAAAAUAAUAUGAAUAUUUUAGCACCACCAGAAAUAAUUACAAAGUUAGUAAAUGAAAAUCAUUAAUUUCCCUAUCUAAAUUAUGAUGCUCUUAAAUUUGAUUCAUGGUUAUUAGGUGCAUUUUUAUUUAAUCUUGUCAAAUUGAGACCUAUAAAUUCAAUAGAAAAAAAAAAUUCAUCUAAAAAAAUGGAAAUCUUCAAAUAUUCAAAUCUUAUUAACUAUUAAAGCUAUAUAGAAGAGUAAAGUAAAAUUAAUACUCAUAUAAUUGCAUCUACAAGUAGAUAUAAUGAAUCUCUAAUUAAUUUAAUUCAUGGUUUAUUGACUUAUAAUUGUCAAAAAAGAUUAUCAUUCUUAGAAAUAUAUUAAAGUGAUUAUAUUACGAAAUUAAAUUUACCUAAUUAAUAACAAUACAUAGAAUUUUAUAAAAAUUUUAAUCAAGCUGAAAUAAUUGAGAAUUUAAUGAUUCGUGAUGGAAUUUCUUCAUCUUUUCUUCUUAAUACAUAUCUAUUAAAUGAUAUCAAUAAAAAUUAAGGAAAGUAAGAACAAAUUGACAAUGAUUUUAAAAAUUAAUAAAUCGAUCUUACAAAAAGUUCACCUUAAAAACUAGAUGUGACAUAGGUUACACCAUAGGACCAAAAUUAAAAUUUUUCAGAAGCAAAAUCUAUUCAACUACCUUAUAUUGCAUCUUUUAUUGAAGUAGAAUCAUAUAAUAAUUAUAGGACUCUAAAUAUUAUGAUAUCUGGAUUUAAAUCAACUUGGAACAGUUUCGAUAUUUUAUAUUGAAUGAUACAGCUAAUUAAAUUAAAUCUGAAUACCCAUAAGAGAAUUAUCAACUCUCAUUGAUAGUUUAAUAUGCUUUAAAAAAGCAAAGUUAUUUAGUUAUACAAGAACUCUAUUUAAAAUUAAAAUCAGUUAAUUAUCCUUGGAAAAUAAAACAAGUAAAUAAUUGGAGUAGUUUCUAAAUGGAAAAUAAAUUUCAUUUUUUAAAACAUAGCUUAAUAGAGGCUAUUAACAAAUUGGUAGAAUCUUUGGCUUAAAUAUAAAAAGAAAUAUCGUUAAAUUUAGAAGCAAUUUAGAAAUUUCUAAGUGAAUAAAAUAAAAAUAAGGAUUUAAAUUAGAUUGUUAAUAAAAUAAUCGGUGAGAAGAUUUAUUUUGAACAAGAUUAAAGUAAAGAUUCGUUAUAUCUAUUCUAUGCUGAAAACUACUAAAAUACUCAAGAAAACUCAGAGAAUAACAACGAUGAUUGUGAAAACCAAUAAUUAAUUAAUAGCGAAAAUAAAGUAAAAUUAUAUUAUGAUAAUUAGAAUUAAUUAAUUAAUGAUAAAUAAUAAGAAGAAUGGUUUACAGAAUUUAAGAUGCUUAUCAAUGACAUAUUUCAAUUUUUCAAAAAUAAAAUUAAUGAUCGUUCAUCCUAAUUAGAAUACAGUAAAAUAAUUUUAAAGAUUUUGUAUUGUAGACUCAUCAAUAAAAUAUUUUCUUUUGAAAAUAUGAAAUAUAUUUUUAAAAACAUCAAACGUUAUGAGUAACAAAUAAUUACUCCUGAUGAUAUUUAUUGGUACAUUGAGUCUAAAGAUAACUAGGAAUAAAAAUUUAAUGACAUUGAAGAAAUUGUGAAAAAAUAUUUUCCAAAAUAAAAAUGA